CUGCUGGUGCUUCAGGAGCAGGACGGGCAGCAGAAGCUCUUUGCAGGCAGUAGCGCAGCAUGUCACAUUCCCGCCGUGCGUAAAGCAGCUGCGCGCCGCGGACCCGAUUCAGCCAGUUUAGCUCAUUUCGCAGAAAACAUCCGGUCUGCACGCGCCGCCGGGCCGCUCCUCUCCGGAUCUCCUGAACAUCAGACCUGCUGCUGCUGCUGCUACUGCCGAGGACGAUCAGAAGGAUUUUAUCUGCCGCGUCUAUCUGGACACCGAGACACAGAGAGAGAGAGAGCAUCAGAUCCGCCCAGCAGAGAUGGCGAAAGCAGACCAGCGUUUCGGCCAGCGGGAUGGUUCUGACCAGAACUUUGACUACAUGUUCAAGCUGCUGAUCAUCGGCAACAGCAGCGUGGGGAAGACAUCCUUCCUGUUCCGCUAUGCCGACGACUCCUUCAGCAACUCCUUCGUCAGCACGGUGGGCAUAGACUUCAAGGUGAAGACGGUGUAUCGCAACGACAAGAGGAUCAAGCUGCAGAUCUGGGACACAGCGGGUCAGGAACGUUACCGCACUAUCACCACAGCCUACUACCGUGGCGCCAUGGGCUUCAUUCUCAUGUACGACAUCACCAACGAGGAGUCCUUCAAUGCUGUCCAGGAUUGGGCCACACAGAUCAAGACAUACUCAUGGGAUAAUGCCCAGGUGAUCAUGGUGGGCAACAAGUGUGACAUGGACGAGGAGAGAGUGGUACCCCCCGAGAAGGGAAAACACUUGGCUGACCAGCUAGGCUUCGAGUACUAUGAGGCAAGCGCCAAAGAGAACAUCAACGUGCGGCAGGUCUUCGAGCGCCUGGUGGACAUCAUCUGUGUGAAGAUGUCAGAGCGCGUGGACGUGGAGGCGCCGGCAGCUCCUGGCUCCAAGACCACCAGACUGACCGACAAACCUGCCCAGCUACCUCAGAAGUGCUGCUGAUUGUCCGUCACCCCCCUUCUGCCGCCUCCCCCAAGCUCUCAAAAAAAGAAAAAAAAAAAACAUAUAGAUUAUCUAUUGUAACAUUCCUCUACACACUUGCUCUGCUUCAUGUUUGUAAGCUGCCAUUCAUCUCUACGCCUCCUGCAGGUCCUGCUAACUAACAUCUAUAUAACCACUUUCUCCAUCCCAAGUGUCCGUGAGUGGCCCUUUAGCUGUCAGCAUACUCCAUGCUAAUCUGGAUUUGGUGCGCUUGAAAUGGUUGUUGUGCUGCUGUUGGUGAUAACACUGUGACUGCUGACUGUUUUUAAUGAUUUUUGGGUGUUAUAUAGAAACAAAGAGAACAAAGGCUCAGUUACACCAGAAAGUGACAAAGUGAAUGAAAAAGUGAGAUCUAACAUGGUGAUUCUGGAUGUUUCUCUCAGCUGUCGCUUGGAUAGUUAGCAUCUGAUGAUGAGUGAUGGUUCAUGUCAGAGUUGUAUUAGUGGAACAGUUUAUUGUGCGGUGAAGAGUCAGGUCAGGACUGUGAGGAAGGCUUUCUGUUGGUCUGUGGGGAAAAUUAGUGUGUCAGAGGUGAAGUGUGGACCGUUGUAGCCGAGAAGUAAAAGCACUGUUGGUGAGUCCAGCAGAAAGAACAGAUCUUCAUGCAGCUUGUUGUCAUUUUCUAUGCUGGUGUUACUUAAAGAUGGAAUCGAUUAAUGUCUAGAAAGUUGCACAGCUGGUAGCAAACAUCACAGAUAACAGCAGACCUUCUGGGCUAAUCCAGAAUGUGGCACAGAUGCGAAACAUCAGGAUCCUCCAGGAGGAAACCACUGCAGGUUAGAGGGACGUUAGGACCAACCUGAUCAACCUGCUGCUACAGAGACCAAACUCUACAUAUGCACUCAGACCAGGGACCAGGGAGAAAUAACCACUGGAGAUAUGAAGUUGGCAGGUCUUGAGUUAAACUUUACUCUACUUCAAGGUGCACUACCAAUAAGAGGGAAGGACAUGGCUGACUGGCAUAUAAGGGGUGAUAAAUACAUUAGCGAGACAACCGCAGCCUGGACCAGCCAUAAUCUGCACACCAUCAAAGUGAUUUGAGAUGAGCAAAUCACUUCCUGUGUGGACGCUCCUUAAGAAGCAUGCUCCAGCUGCACGCAUCACAAAGAUCAGAUACUGUUGGACUGUUGCUGCUCAGAAGGUGCAAAAGGAAACACGCUUUGAUUACAGCACUUUGAUGUUGCUUGGCACACGAAGAUGAAUCUUCUUACUGUCUGUGAUUAGGCGCGAUAAACGAUGCCUGCGUGCUCCACGCUGUAAUGACACGUGCAGCGAGGCAGCAGGCCUGAUUCAAUGGCACUAUGCUGUAGGUGAUGUUUAGUGUCUCAAUCACGCCAAAUGCACCUUUAGUUGGAGUGUGAUGUCAGCAGGGUCACAGGUCAGCACAGCACUGCCUCUCCUCUCAAAGUGUAGCACAACGCCACAGCUGCUCAUGUGUUUACAGUCCUUCUCCGAGUCAUCAUUCAUGCUGCUUCUCUACAGCUAGCGGUAGUUCCUCUGAUUCAACAUGCCUAUAGCCCACAAACUCUUACUGGCCUUAUUCAGACAGACGCUUUAGGGCUGCACCACCAACGCACAACUCUGGCAGGGCUGCAGGCCAGUUGCUCGGGUCAGGGGAGCCGGGUCCAGUACCUGGUCAGAGGUGAACAGACAGCUCCCCCUGGUGGUUCAACAGGGUCUGAACAAUAAUUAUAGUAACUUUAUUAAAAAGGAAAAAAAAAACUAAAUUGAUGUUACGACAAAGUAUUACUAACCCACUGCAUCAUAAGUUUACAUUAGUUUACAUCCAAAGAAAAAAGAAGCUCUUUCUUGAUUCUGGAUCUGCUCAACUUCUGAUUAUCAGAAACCAUUAAGUUUAAGAGUUCUAUCAGAUGAAUAGCAGUAGAACAGUUCUCCAAAACCACGGGCUUUGAUCAUGAUUGGAUAAAAAAAUGGAAUAGAGUGAUCCUGAGUGAUCUUUAACCAUCACUCCUGGUUUCAUGAUACAGUAAGAUGGAAAACUGCAACAUGAUUUCAUGGAUGUUUGGAUCACCAUUUCGGUCUUGGUUUAAGAGAUGUUAAACGCCCAGAGAUGAACAUAACAUUUCCUCUGUGGAGACCAAACUCAGACUCUCUGAUGCUCCCUGAGCAUGUGCAAACUGUCCACUGAAGGCCAAAACAAAUCUGUGAUUUCUGACUCGGAUUUUCUCCAUCAGGAAGUCGUAGAAGUUUAUUAUCGACAAACAGAACAAAUGUAAGUCUGAUGUGAGCGUGUGCAGGGACAGAUUCAUAAACAACCUCUGUGUGUUUUCUCUGUCCUCGCUUUCUAAUCUGCUGUGACAGUCUCCAGCAGCUGCUCUCAGUCUGAUGUUCUGCAGGACUUCAUGUGAUGCUGCUUAACCUCCAGCUCUGUUUGCAUCUCUGUCACAGCGUGCACAGCCUUCCUCUUUGUUUCUGAUGAAGCAGUGCUUCUCAGCUUCACUCUUCCAGCCUUCAGACAGAGCCUCGUCUCACUGACAGGAAGCACCAGAACUGUGCCAGCUGUUUCCAUUGUGCUCACCGUGCGGAAGGAUUCCUGAACAGGUCCAAGGCCUCAUAGUUGUUUUUAUUUCUAAAGCCCAGUGUAGGUUUGGCAGCUGGUGCUCCGAGUUUAGGUGUCUUAUGGCUCUAAUGUAAGGUUGUGCUCAGGAGUGAGAUGCAGAGUUUCUGCCCUCACAAAGCUGUGAGGUUCUUUAAAUACACUGCAGAGAAUCAGUGAUGACCCUGAGAAAGCAAGAAGCUGUCCUUCCUGUGGGAGUGAAGCUCUGGAGUCACCUCUCUGACUUCAGCUUUAAUUAAAGAGGAUCAGAGCACGAGCUCUGAAGAUGUUCAUUGUGCUGUGUUAUCAAGACUUUGGAGUUAUAUUUAAGCCCAUUGAGACCUGAUGACACAAACCACGGCUGCAGCGUUCAAAUCUGUCAUUAACAUGCAGCUUUGCCAGUUCAGGGACCAAAGUCCACAAACUAACAGACUCACAUUAAUGGAACAAGUCCUCCAAACUAAACAGCAUGCAGGAGGUUUGUUUCUGGGAUGAACGGAUGAAAAAAAAUCACUGCUGAAUAACCAUCCAGCCCCUUUUGGUGGUGUGAGCAUGCUCAUAAAGGGUUAGUUCCAGACAAACUAAGACACACUUGGAACUGUUCUCUACAGAAUUUUUUUGGUUGAGAUGGAGAAUGCGACCACGAGCAGCCUGGACCACCAGUGAAGUUAGCAGUUAGUCCAAAAAGUCCUGGAUGCUUUCACACCAGUCAUCAACCUUUAGGUGUGAAUUAUUUUAUAGCUCACCGGUUUAAACCUGUUUGCACUGCACUUUGCUGGAAGCUGAGUCAGAGUUCAGGAGUCCCCAACAAUGGACACUCGUCCAGAGUCUCACCUCAGCCAGUCCUGGAGCAUCUGCUCAUUGCAGUUUUGGUUUAUUUUGUUGUUAACAGACUUCCAUGUUGGCUUUUCUCUGAAAACCAAAAAGAACAAAGAGGAAACGAGAUCGGGAUCAGAGACUCGGACCCGGACCCCCCUGAGCGCUGCAGCCCUGCCUCAUGGUGGCGUUCAGCUUUUGCACCGGCCGCCAUGCCGCUGAGGCCACACGGAGGCGGAUUUUUAGUCACGCACACACGUGAGUGGAGCUGAUGAGUGAGGAGCACACGUCUCUCGCCCCCUUUAGCAGGUGUAGUCACGUAGCCGCCGUGUUCGCAGUGUUUUUCCUACAUGAACGUGUGUGUGUGUGCGUGUGUGUUAGUGUUGGGUAUCAUGAUAUUUAUCGCGUGUUCAGUUGUACGGGUUCUUGUGAUAUUUUGAGCUCCAGUACGUGUGUUCAUGAAAGACUUGAAGAAAUAUUUGUUCUUGAAUAUUCUGAUAAACUUAUAUCCUGCCAAACUGUUGUAUAGCGACCACAGCGCACGUUGGUGUGUGUAACUCCCCGCCAUGUGUCUUCAUAUGGAUAAGAACUUACAAUAACAUGGGCAUCGUCUUCAUGUGAUUAUUUUCUAAGUGACUUUGUAAAUGAUAGAGGUAGAUCUGAUCCUGGUGUUGAGUUUAUUUUUCUGCAGUGUAACCAUGGACUAAUUCUUAGAGAGUUCCUGUAAACUUGUCGUCUUACGGUCCACUCCUGUUCGGGGAGAAGCACAAAGUGAUUGUACAAAAUAUUGUGA